AGCCUCUACCACGGAGGCGUUGGUUUAAACAUGGCGGGAGCUGUGGAGCGGGAGAUGCGGCUCUUCACCCGGGGGCUUUUCGAGCAGACCUCGGAUCUCAGCGUCCUGUCGCAGUCCACGGUGCGCGCCAAGUUCCUGGCUCACUGCGGCCGAUCAGCGCUGAGCCCCCCGGAGCGCCAGAUCCUGAAGAAGAUCGUGGAGGAGGAGCUACUGAGGAUGCAGGAAGAAGCCAGCGACGACGAGCCGCUGAUUAUGAAGGUGCAGAAGAGGGGGCGCACCGACGGGGAGGAGGGGGAGCCCCCGGGGAAGAGGCGCAAGAGGCCGGACGACGAGUCCGAGGAGGAUUCUGGGAUCGAGCGGCGAGACAUCAAGAGACUGUCAGCAAGUUCCCCCGAGUCUCCAGCAAAAACGGAAGAGACGGCCGCCUUUAAGAGGAGGGUAAAGACAACGCCUAAGAGAGGCAAAGAGACCGUCCGAGAGAGCGCAGAGGAAGAUGCAGAUGAUAUUGGAGACGAGAGGAAAGCAACUGCCAGAAGGCAAAAGAGCGUCUCCGAGUCCAGCAGUGACAGCGAGAUGGAGGUGACAGCCGUGAGACCGCAGGACUCUGACAGCGAGGAGCCCACUAAGAAAGAGAGCGCGCGUGACAGCGAGAACAGAAAAAAGAAAGCCAGGGCAGCGAAGAGCGCUCCGAAAAAUGAGACAGACAGUGAGAGUGAUUGGGAAGAAUUAGAGCGCAAGAAAAAGGCAGGAAAAGGGAAAAGAGCUGCAAAACCUGAGAGCGGGCCUCGGGUCAAGGGAAAGAGAGCGCAAGUGAAAGAGAGCGCAGGAAAGAGAGCGACUAAGAAAUCUACUAAGAAAGACAGUGAGGAGGAAGAGAGCGCAGGAAAGAGAGCGACUAAGAAAUCUACUAAGAGAGACAGCGACAGUGAGGAGGAAGAGAGCGCAGGAAAGAGAGCGACUAAGAAAUCUACUAAGAGAGACAGCGACAGUGAGGAGGAAGAGAGCGCAGGAAAGAGAGCGACUAAGAAAUCUACUAAGAGAGACAGCGACAGUGAAGAGGAAGAGAGUGCAGGAAAGAGAGCGACUAAGAAAUCUACUGAGGAAGAGAGCGCAGGAAAGAGAGCGACUAAGAAAUCUACUAAGAGAGACAGCGACAGUGAGGAGGAAGAGAGUGCAGGAAAGAGAGCGACUAAGAAAUCUACUGAGGAAGAGAGCGCAGGAAAGAGAGCGACUAAGAAAUCUACUAAGAGAGACAGCGACAGUGAAGAGGAAGAGAGCGCAGGAAAGAGAGCGACUAAGAGCGACAGUGAGGAGGAAGAGAGCGCAGGAAAGAGAGCGACUAAGAAAUCUACUAAGAGAGACAGCGACAGUGAGGAGGAAGAGAGUGCAGGAAAGAGAGCUGCUGAUAGUGAGGAGAGUUCAGCAUCAAAUAGAGACGGAGAUAGUGAGGAGGAGAGUGCAGGGAAGAGAGUGUCAACGAAAAAGGAUAGCGAAGAAGAAAAGAGACAUGCUAGUAAAAAGACAUCAAAGAGUGACAGCGAGAGUGACCUGAAUACAGACAGUGAUGAGGAGACGGCAAAGAAGCCCAAGAUGGCAGCCAAUAAAGGUAAAGAGACGGGCGGGAAGGGCAAAAAGAGCGCCAAGGAGGAGAGCGACUCCCAGGACAGCGACGAGGAAGGAGCCAAGAAGAAGGAUGGAGAGAGCGACGACUCCGAGCCCAGCACCAAAGGGAAGAGCAGCGCCCAGCAGAGCACCUCCAAGAUGGAGCACCCCUCCAUCCUCCGCCUCAAGAAGUACAUCCUGACCUGUGGCGCCCGCAGGAACUACAAGAAGCUGCUGCAGGACUGCCGCUCUGUGAAGUCCAUGGCAGAGGUCCUGAAGAAGGAGCUGGAGGACUUGGGGGUGAAAGGGAAGCCGUCUCUGGAGAAAUGCCGAGUGGUGCGGCUGAAGAGGGAGGAGGCGGCAGAGCUGGCGGAACUGGACACCAGCAACAUCAUCGCGACCGCCGGACGACCUCGACGCUGUAACACCCGGACCCCCUAUCGGCCAUCCCCAACCCGUGAAGCCUCCCCCUACCGGAAAACUAUGGGAUCUGACUCUGAAGGGGAAGAAGGUCCCCCCCGUAAAAAGAGACCAAUGGACUGGUCCAGCUUGAAGGGGAUCAUCAGUGAUGAUGGGGAAAGUGAUUGAAGGGUUAAUCCAUCCGAUCUCUUGUACAUAAAACUGGAGGCGUCUGCGUCCUGUGCCGCGAAAACCAUCCCCGGCCGCCCAUCAAAUAACCAGCUGAGCGUGCUGGGACAAACCACCGAUCUGAACUAUUAACUCACUAGUGGUUGCUGAUGGCAGCGAGGUGCGGGGUUCUCUGUGCCUCAUGCACCGCACGCCACUGGUCACUUAAGGUGACUUACAACACCCCCCAUCAUGCCCCGAGAGCUGAAGGCUACCAGUGUAUGCUGGGAGU